CCCCUUCUAGUACACUGUAGCGGAAGGCAUCAGGCCGAUCAGGCGGCGACUGCGAUUAACUGCGAGGUGCGUUCACGCUACACUGUAACGCCACUCGACAGUUCUAGUACACUCUAGCGUCGGUUAUUCUACCACCGUGGGGCAGACAGAAGCCGUUUCGCUCAUUAAUUGUUCAAGUCCUGCGUUUAGAAAUGAGUAAUAUAUACAUACAAGAACCGCCAACCAGCGGAAAGGUUUUGCUGGUAACGUCUGUUGGCGACAUAGAAGUGGAGCUGUGGUCCAAGGAGGCACCACGCGCCUGUCGCAACUUUGUGCAGCUCUGCAUGGAAGGCUACUACAGUGGCAGCAUUUUCCACCGUGUGGUCAAGGGCUUCAUCGCACAGGGAGGUGACCCCACAGGCACUGGCAAUGGUGGGGAGUCCAUUUAUGGGGCACCUUUCAAGGACGAGUUCCACUCACGACUGCGCUUUGUUCGUCGUGGACUGGUGGCUAUGGCAUCGGGUGGUGCCGACGACAAUGGCAGCCAGUUCUUCUUCACCCUGGGCUCCUGUCCUGACUUGCAGAACAAGCACACCAUUUUUGGGAAGGUGGUUGGCGAAACGCUGUACAACAUGCUGCGUCUCGAGGAAGGUCUAGUGGACUCAGAGGACCGGCCAGUGCACCCACACCGGAUUGUCUCCACACAGGGACGUCUCCUAGAACUGAGGAGAAUGCCAGCCCCGCACAGAUACAGGACGGCACACGCCUUCAAGAAGACGAAGGACCUGCUCAAGGUUCUAGUGAACCCAUUUGAUGACAUCAUUCCCCGCAAGGUGCUGGAGGACUCAACUGCAGAGCGGCAACCUGCGCCUACUCUUUCCACAUCUGUAGCGACCAAGAACUACAAGCUGCUUUCCUUUGGGGAUGAGGCUGAAGAAGAGGAGGAGGAGCUUAUGGCCGUUGUGUCUAAGGAUAGUAAAAGCCGUGGCAAGAGCAGCCAUGACCUGACCGAUGAUGCCAGCUUGAGCUCAGUGCCUGCAGUGAGUGAGUUCAAACAGCCGGUUGAACCUGAAGGUGCAGCUGACCGUGUAGAGCAGCGUACAUGCCAGCCAGCCCCUGCUGUAUCAUCUGACGAGAGGAACUACUUUGAGCAGGAACGCCAGAAGGCCUCCGCACAGCGCAUUGGUGAAAUCCGCAAAGAGUUCAGAGAGCUGAGGCGUCAAAUGCGGGCAGAGGAACAAGCCAAGCUGCAGACAGACAAACAGCCAUCAGAGUGUGAUGAGGAGGUCGAAGGAGAUGAACCCAACCAGCUGAUGCGUGCCUACAGACAGGAGCAGCGUGCCUACUCGCAGAAGAAGCAGCAGAUGCUCCCCAAAGGGACCCACAGGGAGCAGAAGACACUGGAAGCGCUUGCCCGGUUCCAGGCCAAGAUGGCCGAGCACCUGUCCAUUGAAGAUGAGGAGCACCAAGGGGGAGACAGUCCAGAUGAUGACAAGUCAGAUCAUUGGUUGUCACACCAACUUCGUUUCGCUGAGCAAGGCCCAGUGCUGGCAAAAGAUGCUAACGUGGUGGAUGCCGAGGAAGCAUACAGCCUUGAUGACCCACGUAAUGCCAUGAAUGAGAGGCGCCGCAAGCGGCCACAUCAUGAACACAGUGGCAGUAGACACCACAAACGACGCAGAUAGCUUGCCUGCCUGACUCUUUGUUCCAGAACUCAUCUUUCUGCACAGUAGUCAUCUCCAAAGACUACUAGCUGUUAAUCGUGACAGCACUGUGAAGGAAAUACAGCCUCCCGUAGCCUCCUUUAGCGGGAGUUUAUGUCACUUGUAGUGGCGCUUUGCCAUGUUGUCUGUUGUGGAAGCCUCUGCCAGUAUUUUGCCACCUUGGGAGUGUUUUUGUCUGCUUAGCUGGUGAGCCACACUCUUUUCAACUGGUUGGGUGUUGCCGAGACAGACAGAAAAAGCACAUCUCGCCUUAUGUUGUCCUGUCUUUCGCACUUCGUAGCACUCAAAUGUGGGUCACCAACUAGCUUGAAAUUCUACCACUGAAGUGAAUCAUAUUAUAAUUUAUUUUUUGAUACUGCGGCCUCUUACGAGGCUGCAGUAUACAAUGCUGAAUGUAACGAAAAAAACAAACAUGAAAGAAAAUGAAACAACAAAAGCCUUUACAACAUUAGCAAUUUUAAAUUGUAUUUACACUCUGGUUUUCAACAAGAGCAAUGUCAGAGUCAUUCAACGGGAGUGAACCGACACACCAAGUAUGCAGUGUAUCCACUCCUGUCCCAAUGUAUGCUAUAUGGGAUUUACUGCACCAUCGUGAUAAAAGUGGCAUGAAAUACAUC